AUGUUGAAGAAAUUCACUGUUUUUUUGGUUAUCGUCUCAAUCGCGGUUCGAAUCGACGGAUUGAAUCCAAGAAAGCUUGAUGAUGCGACACCACCGGAUUUGGAGAACAAGUGUGGAAGCUGUCCUUGCAACAAACCGUGUAACCAAGCCCCACCGCCUCCUCCACCGCCUUCACCACCGCCACCACCCCCACCGAAGAUUAAGCCACCAAGCAACUACUGCCCACCUCCACCCAGCGGCGGCGGCGGCGGCCAGUACCCUCCAAAUCCUCCUUACAUAUACAUAAAUGGUCCACCGGGAAAUUUGUACCCCGUCGACCCCUAUUAUUCCGGUGCUACCCGAAGGUUCUCUCUAGGAUUGCCAUUUUUUAUCAGCACUAUAUUGGGACUCCUAGUUUUCAUAUGA